GCACUCUAAAGUCUGAACGCGUCCUUCUCAUUGGGUAUUUUUUGGCGCUGUGGGAAAGAACUGACUCCCUCGCUGUCUUUGUUACAGGUAUUACCAAAACAAACACGCGAAUUUUGCUUUGUGUUAAACCACUACGGCUCUAUCUAACCAUUCAGCUUGCAUGUCUCCAAAAACCAGGCCUUAGCUUUUCCACAAACAUUCUUUUCCAUCUCUGCUUCUCCAAUAUCUCCCUGUUCCUGUUCCCUGUCGGUUACUACUUUCCUUCCAUUAUAUCUGUUUUAAUUUCUUUAUUAUACUUUAAAUCUGCUUUUCAUUUCAUUUAAUUUAAUUUGUUAGAUCAGUAUAACUCUUAAAUACCCACAUCCCAUUUCUUCCCAUGAAGUCUUUUUCUAGUUCGCACCCUGUUAUAUUUUUCACUAAUGUAUCUGCCAUUGUCAGUUUUGUCUAAGAUCUACUGAUUUUUAUUUCUGUGUAUUUGUUAUUUUUAACAUAAAAUCAGAAUCCUCCCGGAAAAAAAAUGUCAACGAUUAGAUUUGAAUCCACUAGACAAUACUAUGCUACAAACAGUUUGGUGGUGGGUUAUGCACUUUGUUCGAGCUUACUUGCUGUUAUCAACAAAUUUGCAAUUACCAGAUUUAACUACCCAGGUUUAUUAACUGCAUUGCAGUACUUAACUUCUGCCUUAGGGGUCUGGGUAUUGGGCAAGUUUGGGUUUUUACAUCAUGAUCCUUUCACAUUGGAUAUUGCCAAGAAGUUUUUGCCUGCUGCUAUUGUAUUUUACCUUGCAAUCUUCACAAACACCAAUCUUUUGCGUCAUGCGAAUGUGGAUACUUUCAUAGUGUUUAGAUCCUUGACACCCCUUUUGGUUGCAAUAGCUGAUACGACCUAUAGGAGGCAACCGUGCCCGUCAAAGCUAACAUUUAUGUCUCUGUUGAUCAUUCUGGGUGGUGCUGUUGGGUACGUGGCUACUGAUUCAGCCUUUACUUUGACUGCAUAUUCAUGGGCGUUUGCGUAUUUGGUAACAAUUACUGCUGAGAUGGUUUAUAUUAAGCAUAUGGUGAUGAAUCUUGGGUUGAACACUUGGGGUUUUGUGUUGUACAAUAACUUGUUAUCGUUGAUGAUGGCACCCAUGUUUUGGGUUUGGACCGGAGAAUACAGUGAGGUGUUUGCUGCUUUGGGAGCCAAUGCUGGGAAUUGGUUUGAACCUGCAGCGUUUAUUGCGGUAUCUUUGUCUUGCUUGUUUGGUUUGCUCAUUAGUUUCUUUGGGUUUGCGGCUAGGAGGGCAAUCUCUGCCACUGCAUUUACUGUGACAGGUGUGGUUAAUAAGUUUCUUACAGUUGUGAUCAAUGUUUUGAUUUGGGAUAAGCAUGCUACUCCAAUUGGUUUGGUUUGCCUCCUCUUCACUCUGGCAGGAGGGGUUCUUUAUCAACAGUCAGUUACUGGGCCGCCACGUGAGUCAACAGCAUCCAGGCAGAAAGGUGAUGAGAAUGAGAAUGAUGAUAAAGAGAAUCAAGGUAAGAGUGUGUCUGGUAAACAUGCUUCCGUAUGAGGAAUAUUGUUUCUUAUUUAGCCAUUGAAGAAGACUGUUGGGAUGUAUGAAUCUCUAGAUUCCCUAAUUUUGGAAGUACCUUUUCUGUAUAAGAUCUCACAAUCCCAUGUUUAGAAUUUAUUGGUGAUUUAUAAAUCAUUAUGCUCCUGGUUCAUUAUCUAACAAUAUUGUGGCAUUCUUUGUUGCUUCAUGUACUAGUGGUUGCAAAUUUUCUAUACAUGGUUUUUGGUUCGUCAGAAUAGAGGAAUAUGUAUUUUGCUAUUUCUUCUUUACUUUUCCUUGUUCAUAGAUAUUCUGGUGACCUUGGCUUAGAUAUUGAUGUUGCUAUCAGUUAUAGGGAUCCCAGAUUAGUUACAAGGACCUCUCCGAUUUAAUUGCAUGUUGAUUCUUAAUACCAAUGUAGUAUCUCCUGGAGGAAAAAGGAGAAAAGAAAGUAGACUACAGAACUUCAUGUCAUAGCUCGAACUGUGGACUUAUCAUGUGUCUUAUAACUUGAAUUGAGGUAAGCUUGAUUGGCGGUGCGAUAGUGAAGAAGGCACCGAGUCUCCAUGAGAUUAACUGAUGUUCUGAUCAUCAUAUUGCAAUAAAAGCCAUCGAUUCAUCUCUAAAGAUCAACAACUGCUGAACUAUUUUUGUUCUUUCUAUUCUUUUGUAUGGUUUCUACCAUUUUACCACUGGUCUUGGGAACUUGUAGUUCACUUAGUCGCUCGCACAUGAUAGACUUGACUACUGGCCAAUGGCCACUUAUUCUUUUCUUUUAUCCAUGUUCAAUUUGCUUCUUGCCUUUUCUUGUUGUUUCUUUAAGCUUUCAAAACGGGCACCCAUAUAAGUUUUAGUUGUUAUUUUUGUUAGGAAAAUGGGUCCAGCCUCAUAUAAGUGGUUUUGGACCAAGUAAA